UGGUUCUUCCGGUUGUUGUUUUCAUCAGCUCUGGUCAAAGCUAUCCAUUUUAUACCAUGGGUCGCGGUUGCAUAAAUUGCUUAGACUAGUCUUAAUCUAUUUAGUUUUCUUCAUGACAGGUCUUUUUAAAGUCAGAUACAAAAAGGUAGAAUGACCCAAUUUGAAUCAGAAAAGUAAAAGACUUACUUCCUCUUGGCUAGCUGCUAGUUGGUCAAACUAGUUCUUAAAACACAGUCUUAACAUAGUGGCUAUUUUAUGCAACUUGCCCCGUGUGAGCUCUGAGUACUGGGGGAUUUAUUAGCGUAUGUAUAUUAAAAUGUGUUGACCUGGCGAAGGACUAGCAGCGAGGAUGAUUUGUGAUCAGACGCACAGCAGCGCCGCUAGAGGGCAGGAGCACAGCGCCGCUUCAUUCAUCAGAAGAGAGCACAGCAGCACUUCACUCAAUCACAUACAGCAGAAACUACAGGAGACACAUCUGAAGAUGCGCACGUCCUCACGCGGAGAGACAGACGAGUAAAACAAGAGGAGAAAUGCUGUGAAGCCAGCAACAAAUUAUGUGUUCAGACAAGAAUAUGAAAGAUCCUGGUGCUCUGACAGACCAGUAAAAAGAGAAGAUGGGAGAAGACAACAGGAGCACCUCCACCGGGACAUGGACUCUCAUCCACCCAUCGGGGAGCCCACAUGACCUCAUGGCCAAUUACGACAUCCCUCUGGAUUACGAGGUUCCGGUGGACGAGAUCCCAGACACGACCCAGGGACGAGCGUUCUUCGUGGCUACAAUUGUUAUCGCGGUGGUCCUGGUCUGCAUCAUGCUGGUCUGCGGCAUUGGGAAUUGCCUCUUUAUAGCCUCAUUGGCACGCUACAAAAAACUAAGGAAUCUCACCAAUUUACUCAUCGCUAACUUGGCAAUAUCAGACUUCCUGGUGGCCACUGUGUGCUGUCCCUUUCUGGUGGAUUAUUACGUGGUCAAGCGGCUGUCAUGGGAUCAUGGGAUUGUGCUUUGCGUCUCCAUUAACUACCUUAGAACUGUGUCUCUCUACGUGUCCACCAAUGCCCUGCUAGCCAUCGCUGUGGAUAGGUACAUGGCUAUCGUUCAUCCCCUGAAGCCCCGUAUGAAGUAUCAGACAGCAUACUGGAUUAUUUUCGGAGUUUGGAUAAUCCCAGUCCUCAUCGCGGUACCGUCGGCCUACUUUGCCACAGAGCACGAAUACCCGCACAGCGCACUGGGCCACGACAAAAAGAUCUUCUGCGCCCAGAUCUGGUCUGCAGACCAGCAGCUCAUGUAUCGCUCCUACUUCCUCUUCAUCUUCAUCGUGGAGUUCCUGGGGCCCGUGGUCACCAUGUCAGUCUGUUACGCGCGGAUCUCCAAGGAGCUGUGGUUCAAAAACGUCCCGGGAUUUCCAACAGAGCAGCUGCGGAAACGGCUACGGCGGCGGCGCAGGACGGUGGUGGCUCUGAUCGCGGUUCUGGCGGCGUACGUGAUGUGCUGGGCACCAUAUUAUAGUUUCACGCUGCUGCGUGAUUUCUACCCGGCGCUGAUCACACGCGGCCGCAACUCGCUGGUUGUUUUCUACAUCAUUGAGUGCAUCGCUAUGAGCAAUGGGGUCAUUAACACUCUGUGUUUUGUGAGCGUUAGGAACAAAGCCACGAAGUGCUUCAGAGCCGUCAAACUCGCUAACUGGCGCUCGCUAACGAGGGCUAUCGUUGGCAAGAUAGCGGAAGACGACAUUAGGACUUCAUCCUUGAGAGUGACAGAGGAUGUGGAAUGUACACGAAUAAAGUGAAAUGAUGGAGAAAUAAACUAAAAGGUGAUACAAGGCCUUAACAAUGUGGGUCAAGAAAUGUCCAUAAAUUUAGAAGGAGCCACAGAGACAUGAACACAUUACUUACGGGAACAAAUAAAUUAAGAAGGACAGUCAAAACAACAUGAUAGACCGAUGAUAUGGUUCGGCCAAGAGUUUUGAUAGGAACAAUUCAUCUGAUGAGAGACUGGCUUGUGUAAAUGCUCCCAGAUUAAUAUAUUAAUGUUAAAUCCACUACAGAAAUAAUUUCCCAAUUCAUUAGAAAAAACUUUGCCUCUAAGACCCCCGGAUGUCAACAUGCAUUUUCAGUGAUCAGUGUAGAUUUGCUGAAGGUGACAGACCAGAAAUGAUGUUGCUGAUCGAAACCCUGACUCAACAGAUUUUAAUAAGUGCCAGACAAAAUGUUCAGUUUUUAAGUCCUAUUCAGUGGCUGUACCUACAUUUUUGCUAAAUGUUUGCAGUUUCCAGCUGAAAUGGACACUAGAGUCAGUGAAACUUUUAUUGCUUUUCACACAAAUCAAGCAAAUUAUCUUUUCGUGCAGUUCCUUGCACAAUAUACGUUGUGACCUCAAAACACUUUUACCGUAGUGCAUGACUUGUAAACUAAAUACAUUUUGAUGUUUGAAUCACAUAACCAGCUCCGUAUAUAUGGCUUUUCUGAUCCAUAGCGCACCUGGUACAGCAUUGCAUUUGCCAUGUGUUGCACUCAGGUAAAAGACUUGUGAAACAAUUCACAAUUCAUUUCAUUUUUGAACUGCCACAAUUUGAGGAACAGUUUAAUAAAACAUUGACAGAUUCACAUUUGUUGCAGAUCAAACAUAACCCAUUUUUAGCGCCUCUUACUGGAUCACUUUGAAUGUUUCACAAAAAGUGCAAGAACCAACAUAAUCGUUUUUGCAGAAAUCAAUGCCACGGGUAUGUUUUUCCAGUGAGCCUGGGUUACUAAUGUUAGUGGCCCAUUCAUAUCGUGUCACUUGGCUG